ACUGUAUUUCGAAAAUGGGAGCUGCUACCAAGUUGGCGUUCGCUGUCUUUCUGAUCUCUUGUUCUUCGGGUGCCAUACUAGGCAGAUCGGAAACACAGGAGUGCAUCUACUAUAAUGCUAAUUGGGAAAAGGAUAAAACAAAUCGCAGUGGCAUUGAACCUUGUUAUGGCGAUAAAGAUAAAAGACGACACUGCUUUGCUACAUGGAAGAAUAUUUCUGGAUCAAUUGAUAUUGUGAAACAAGGUUGUUGGCUGGAUGAUAUCAACUGUUACGAUAGGACUGAUUGUAUAGAAAAGAAAGACAGCCCUGAUGUAUUCUUCUGUUGCUGUGAAGGCAACAUGUGUAAUGAACGUUUUUUCUAUUUUCCAGAGAUGGAAGUAACACAGCCCACUUCCAAUCCUGUUACACCUAAACCACCCUUGUUCAAUACCCUGCUUUACUCGUUGGUGCCUAUAAUGGGAAUUGCGGUGAUCGUAUUGUUUUCAUUUUGGAUGUACAGACAUCAUAAACUAGCAUAUCCUCCAGUACUUGUACCAACCCAAGACCCUGGCCCACCACCACCUUCACCCUUGAUGGGUCUGAAGCCUCUGCAAUUGUUAGAGAUAAAAGCUAGGGGAAGAUUUGGUUGUGUCUGGAAAGCUCAGUUGCUAAAUGAGUAUGUUGCUGUCAAAAUAUUCCCAAUCCAGGACAAACAGUCAUGGCAAAAUGAGUAUGAAAUUUACAGCUUGCCUGGAAUGAAGCAUGAAAAUAUCUUACAAUUCAUUGGUGCAGAGAAACGAGGCACCAGCAUUGAUGUAGAUCUGUGGUUAAUUACAGCAUUUCAUGAAAAGGGUUCAUUAACUGACUUUCUCAAGGCAAAUGUGGUUUCUUGGAAUGAGCUGUGUCAUAUUGCCGAAACUAUGGCUAGAGGUUUGGCUUACCUUCAUGAGGAUAUACCAGGUCUGAAAGAUGGACAUAAACCUGCUAUAUCCCAUAGGGACAUCAAAAGCAAGAAUGUGUUGUUGAAAAACAACCUUACAGCUUGUAUUGCUGAUUUUGGUCUAGCUUUAAAGUUUGAGGCUGGAAAGUCUGCAGGUGACACACAUGGACAGGUUGGUACACGAAGGUAUAUGGCUCCAGAAGUAUUAGAAGGUGCGAUAAACUUCCAAAGGGAUGCAUUUCUGAGAAUAGAUAUGUAUGCCAUGGGAUUAGUCCUGUGGGAACUGGCAUCCCGAUGUACUGCGUCAGAUGGACCAGUGGAUGAGUACAUGUUGCCAUUUGAAGAGGAAAUUGGCCAGCAUCCAUCCCUUGAAGACAUGCAGGAAGUUGUAGUGCACAAAAAGAAGAGGCCUGUUUUAAGAGAGUGCUGGCAGAAACAUGCUGGAAUGGCAAUGCUCUGUGAAACAAUAGAAGAAUGUUGGGAUCAUGAUGCAGAAGCCAGGUUAUCAGCUGGUUGCGUAGAAGAACGGAUUAUUCAGAUGCAAAGACUGACUAACAUUAUAACAACAGAGGACAUUGUGACAGUGGUCACAAUGGUGACAAAUGUUGACUUUCCUCCCAAAGAAUCCAGUCUAUGA